AUGCCUACAGUGAAAUUGACAAGCCAACAUACGCGCCCUGACUCCAUUUUCAUCCACGACUGGAUCAAACCAUUAUUGGACGAGAAUUGUCAGGGCCUUCUCAGACCUAUUUAUCGCGCCAUACCUCCAAUAAACAACACAAACGUGAGAAACCCUCUUUCAUCACGUCCCAGUCUCUUAACCACUAAAGUGAAGUGUCAUUUCACCAAGAUUGUGAAAUUUUAUAAAGUGGAAAACUUCAAGAUUUUUGCCUCGAUCAGGGACACCAGAUUUCAAAUACUUGUUGAGUUUACGCCACAUUGCGUAUCGACAUUCGAACGAACCAACAGAUGCAGGCUCACAUCGGAUACUACUAACUGCACCUUAUUGAUAGGCGAUUGCUCCAUUGAAUACAAGUCAUCGCACGAAAUUUCACAGAAUUACAGGCUAAAUUUCCCAAACAAAAGGCUAUUACCCGUACUGACCAUCAAUCAGGCAUCAAUCCUCGAUAGAGAUCAGGCAACACUGCUCGAACAAUUCCCAUUCGUCUACUCUACAUACUAA